AAUCCACCCAAUUCACCAUUGCCGUACCCAGUAAAGUUCUUGGGUGUCUCAGUGUUCAGUUCGGCUCUUUCACUAAGCCCACCAUUAUCAGACCUCCUCGGCCCGCAUUGGUGGGCACCUUCACCCACUGUACAUACACAGACAACCUCAGUAUCCUCAUCUCCCUUUCCGAAUUCUGUACUCUCUGAAAUCUCUCUUUACGUCGCCUGUACAUCCAUGUCGACCGGUUAAAGUAGCGACUUCCUACGUAUUUCUCUGUAUCUGGGCGAAAUAUUAGAGGAAUGACUUGAACGCAUCGGUUCUGUCUGAAGUCUCAGCUGCUUUACUUUACAUGGAGACUAAUAAGCAACAGAAGAAGAAGAAAUGGUUUCUCUCAUUGGUGUUCUCUCUUUUGUUGUCAUCUGUUCUAAUCUUGGUUUCUCUCUCUUCCUCUUUUGGUGUCUUACCGGUUUAUAGAACCUCGGCCGACAAUCAACAGCCGGUUUUCGUCGAAUCGAAACUGAGAAUCCCUUCCACGUCUACGAACCCGAUUCCCCGACUCGCUUACCUGAUCUCUGGAUCUAUUGGCGAUGGAGAGAGUUUGAAGAGGACUCUAAGAGCUCUUUAUCACCCUCUCAAUCAGUAUGUUGUCCACUUGGACCUUGAAGCAUCCGCGGCCGAGCGGCUGGACCUGGCCAAUUUUGUUCGAGAUGACCCUGUUUAUGCCAAGGUGGGCAAUGUCCGUGUCGUGGUGCGGGCAAAUUUGGUUACUUACAGAGGACCGACGAUGGUUACUAACACACUUCACGCCGCGGCAAUCUUGCUCAAGGAGGGAGGAGAGUGGGAUUGGUUUAUUAAUCUCAGCGCCUCGGAUUAUCCUUUGGUGACUCAAGAUGAUCUACUUCAUACUCUAUCUACCAUUCCGAGGCACCUUAAUUUCAUUGAGCACACAGGCGACAUUGGAUGGAAAGAGUAUCAGAGAGCCAAGCCCGUGAUCAUAGAUCCUGGGCUUUAUAGCUUGCAAAAAUCUGAUGUCUUCUGGGUUACAGAAAAAAGGAGUGUACCUACAGCUUUUAGACUGUUUACAGGUUCUGCCUGGAUGAUGCUUUCUCGUCCAUUCAUUGAGUACUGUUUAUGGGGCUGGGACAACCUUCCAAGGACAGUCCUUAUGUAUUAUGCCAACUUCCUAUCUUCUCCUGAAGGCUACUUUCACACAGUCAUUUGCAAUGCUGAGGAAUUUCGAAACACCACAGUAAACCAUGAUCUCCACUUCAUAUCUUGGGAUAAUCCUCCUAAACAACAUCCCCAUUUCCUCAUUGUUGAUGACUACCAGAGGAUGGUUGAUAGCAAUGCACCAUUUGCAAGGAAAUUUGGCAGGAACGAAACAGUGCUUGACAAGAUCGAUGCUGAGCUCUUGGGGCGUGCUGCUGAUGGAUUCGUGCCUGGUGGGUGGUUUGACAAUAUUGAAGGAAACACAAAUGCAACUACCCCACAUUACACCCUAACAAAUAUAACCACACUUAGGCCUGGACCAGGUGCAGAAAGGAUCAAAACCCUUAUCGUGGGUUUACUGUCUGUGGAGGAUUUCCAUGCAAAGCAGUGUACCUGAUCCAAAGAUCAUCAGCUAACUGAAAGUUGCUGGACGGAAGACUUGGGCUUUGUUAUAUACAGUAUCAACUGAUUAUGCCAUUAAGAGUAUUCUUUUUUGGCCUGAUAACCGCUGGCCAAUGAACACUACUCUAUUGGAUCAAUGAUGGAAAGCUAAUUGGCGAGAUGAGAAACACGCAUUACCCUUCAUACAAAGAUGGGAAAUACAUACUGUCAUAUCUUACUAUCUGUUACGUUUUCUGUUACGAUAUCCAUACUCUUUAUCCUUGUAUGGCUUGUGCAUAGUUUUUAUGCACAAUGACCUUAUUUUUUGGACAUGAUCAAGAUAAUAGUAAUAUAGUAUUCAGAUGAAGAAAUUAAGGAUGGUGAAUAUCAAA